AUGGCCAGCACGUUCCAUGGAGCUAUCGACGCUCAUGUCGCCAUUCCCGCUCCACAUUGCGGGCCUGGUGGGACGAUGAACUUCAACUUCGGGUCUGGCCGAGCAGAUGGGCAAAAGCGCAAAGUAGAACCGUUCUCAACGGUGCCAUUUGCGCCGGACCCUGACCUUGUCAACCGGCCUGCGAUCGCCGACUGGGUGCGCGACAAGUGCGCGGGACCCGGCGCGCGGGCAGCGCUGGUGGGUCUCGGCGGCGUAGGCAAGUCGCAGCUCGCCCUCCAGUACGCCCAUAACAUCCGCGAUGCGGCACGUCACACGUUUGUGUUCUGGGUGCACGCCAGCACCCAGGCCCGGUUCGAGGAAGCGUACAAAGACAUCGCCAACCGGCUGCAGCUGCCGGGGAGGGACGAUUCGAAGGCGAACGUGUUGCGACUGGUGCACGACUGGCUGCGGGACGAGGCGAAUGGACAAUGGGUGAUGAUUGUCGACAACGUGGACGAUAUAGAGACCUUCUUCCCGUCGCGGAAGCGCCAGCGCCAGGGAGACGAGACAGACGCCAGCGCGCAGAUACCGCUGGCCACCUACCUUCCGCAGAGCCGCAACGGGGCGAUACUAGUCACGUCACGUAGUCAAGACGCAGCCACCAGGCUAGUGGGAGGCUACAACAGGACCAAGGGAGUGCUUGCGAUGGACGAGGGCGAAGGCCUGCAGCUGCUUCGCAACAAGCUGAAGGACCCGCCAGUCGAAGAGAGCGCUGUAGAUUUGCUGCGCGCGCUCGACUGCAUACCUCUCGCUGUCGUCCAGGCGGCCGCGUACAUCAACCGACGUGGGCGCAUGACAGUCGCUGGCUAUCUAGCCGAGUUUCAGAAGGACAGCAAAAAGCGCGAGAGCCUGCUCAACUGGGACGCGGACGAGCUGCGCCGCGACGGGAGCGCGUCCAAUUCGGUGGUGACGACGUGGCAGAUGUCGUUUGAACAGAUCCAGCGGGAGCGGCGGUCGGCAGCCGAGCUGCUGUCGCUGAUGAGCUUCUUCAACCCGCAGGGCAUACCUGAGUCGGUGUUGCGGACCGCAAGAAGAAUGGGGUCAGAGAACAACAAAGACGCAGCCAGCGCAUUUCACGAGGACCUGGACACCCUACAGGCGUACUCUUUAGUGUCGAUGACAGCAGGCAGUGACACAUGCGAGAUGCACGCUCUAGUGCAGUUCUGUACGCGAGUCUGGCUAUCGUCGUGUGGCGAUGCAGAACAGUGGGAGCAGCGAUUUGUGGUGCUGAUGGCGCAAGAGCUUCCCAACGGGGAGCAUAAGAAUUGGGCAAAGUGCCAGCAGCUGCUUCCGCACGUUGAACCACUUUUUAGCACUCAGCCAGCCAACCAAGAAGCGUUGGAGGCAUGGGCGAAGGUGCUUAGCAACGCAGCAUGGUAUCUGUGGAAGAGUGGAAGCUAUAGUGUAGCGCAACAGAUAGCGGCAAAGGCAGUUGCCGCCGGAGAGCAAGCACUAGGGCGAGAAGAUCAGCUGACACUAGACACCGUAGAAAUACUGGCGUUAGUGCUGCGGGCCCAGGGCGAGUACGGCGAGGCAGAGACGCUCCACCGGCGAGCGCUGGAAGGGCGGGAGAAGAAGCUGGGCGAGGACCACUCCGACACGUUAAUGAGCGUGGACAACCUAUCAAUAGUUCUCCAGGAUCAGGGCAGGUACGAAGAGGCAGAGACGCUCAGCCAGCGGGCGCUAAAAGGGUUAGAGGAGAAGCUGGGCGAGGACCACCCGAACACGCUGACGAGUAUGAGCAACCUAGCGGAGGUGCUGCACCUGCAAGGUAAGCACAGGGAGGCAGAGAUGCUCAAUCGGCGAGCACUAGAAGGCUCAGAGAAGAAGCUGGGCCAGGAUCACCCUGACACGCUGACAUCUGUCCACAACCUCGCUGUUCUCUUGGACAAUCUGCGCCGGUACCCAGAAGCGGCCGAGCUUUACCAACGAGCUCUAGGGUUCACGGCACAGAUUGUACCCGUGUAUAUUGGCGAGAGACUUCCCGCUCGUCUCUGCGAACUGAUGAUCUCCGUUGAUAUGAUCUUCAUCGGUACUGGGUCUGUCCUCAUAUACGCCUUCAACCCGGCUCUCCAGCACGUUCCUCAUGGCUGGAGAUACAUGUUGAGCUUGGGUGCGUGGGUAUCUAUCCUGCUCGGGGUCUUUCUCUCCACGUGCCCAGAAAGUCCUCGUCAAUUGAUGUACCACAUUAAGUGGGAGCAAUGCAUCGAAGUCAUUCGUCAAGCUUAUCCCGACGUUACUGACGAGCAGGUCACGAAUAAGAUGUUGUCUGUUGAGACGUAUGUCGCACAUGUCAAGGCACUUGAGGCGCAGAUGACAGUCACCAGAUCGCUCAAGGCCUUCUUCUUCGUACCAGCCAAUCUGCGCUCUGCUAUCACUGCCUGUGACAUAAUCCUGUUCCAAGGGAUGUGCGGCUUCAAUACGUUCAUGUACUUCUCUUUGACGCUUUCCGACAUCGUCGACUUUUCCGACCCUAUCGCUGUUGGAACAGUCGUUGCUGGGUUCAGAUGGAGUUUUACCGUCCUUUCCAUCUUCCUUUUCGAUCGCCUGUCAGAACAGAAUGACCUUCUCCGCACACUAGUGCGUUGCGAUCAGCUCAAAGGAUAA